AUGGCGGGCAAAAUGGUGCUAUACAAGCUGGUGGUGCUUGGAGACGGUGGCGUAGGGAAGACGGCGCUCACAAUCCAAUUGUGCCUGCAGCACUUUGUUGAAACGUACGACCCGACUAUCGAGGACUCGUACCGGAAGCAGGCCGUGAUAGACAACCAAGCUUGCAUGCUCGAGGUGCUGGACACGGCAGGGCAAGAAGAAUACACUGCGCUACGCGAUCAAUGGAUUCGGGACGGCGAGGGCUUUAUCUUGGUGUACAGCAUCUCGUCUCGGUCGUCCUUCACGCGCAUCAAGCGGUUCCACCACCAGAUUCAGAGGGUCAAGGAGUCAACGGCUUCGUCACCCUCGUACCCAGGGUCGCCCAUCUCGGCUGCCAACCAGGCGGCACCCGUUCCCAUCAUGCUCGUCGGGAACAAAAGCGACCGCAUCGCGGAGCGAGAAGUCUCCACCCAAGAAGGACAUGCCUUGGCGCGCGAGCUGGGUUGCGAGUUUGUCGAGGCGUCGGCCAAGAACUACAUCAACGUCGACAAGGCCUUCUACGAUGUGGUCAGAAUCCUGCGGAGGCAACGGCAAGCCGCCGCCCAACCGCUUCCCCCCGCAGGCAGCAGCAAAUACGAAUCUCGAAGGACGGACUCAAGCAUUCAGUCGGAAAAGGGCCGGUACCGACGAGAGCGCGGCGAGCGCCGCGGCAGAGGGUGUGUCAUUUUAUGA